AUGGAGUCAAAGCCACAGUCACGUUUCACACUGGGUAAGCAAUCCUCCGGCGCCCCUGAAAAUGAUGACGUUUCCGGUUCCGGCGUACUGGAUGUAGAGAUUAUAGAUUCGGGCGUGCGGUUGAUGUACUUAGCAAAUGAAGGCGAUGUGGAAGGGAUUCAAGAGCUAUUGGACUCUGGCACCGACGUGAAUUUUACGGAUAUUGAUGGCCGCACCGCCCUACACGUGGCGGCUUGUCAGGGCCGCUCUGAUGUUAUCGACUUGCUUCUCCACCGUGGCGCCGAAGUCAACGUCAAUGACCGGUGGGGAAGCACGCCUCUUGCAGAUGCAAUAAAUUACAAAAAUAAUGAUGUUAUCAAGCUUUUGGAGGCACAUGGUGCAAGACCUCCUGUGGCUCCCAUGCAUGUGCAGAAUGCUCGUGAAGUUCCUGAAUAUGAAAUUGAUAUGAGAGAGCUCGAUUUUACAAACAGUGUGGAGAUAACUAAGGGAACAUUUUGCAUUGCACUAUGGCGUGGAAUUCAAGUUGCUGUUAAGAAAUUUGGUGAAGAAUUGUUCACAGAUGAAGACAAAGUAAAGGCAUUCAGGGAUGAGCUAGCUUUAUUUCAACAGAUACGCCACCCAAAUGUUGUACAGUUUCUUGGUGCUGUAACACAAAGUACUCCGAUGAUGAUAGUCACGGAAUAUCUGCCCAAGGGAGAUCUUUGUGCAUACUUGAAACAAAAGGGCUCCUUAAAGCUGACAAGGGCUAUCAAGCUUGCUCUGGAUAUUGCUAGAGGAAUGAACUACUUGCAUGAGCAUAAGCCUGAAGCAAUAAUUCAUCGGGAUCUCGAGCCUUCGAACAUACUCCUUGAUGAUUCUGGCCAUCUAAAAGUCGCAGACUUUGGACUAAGCAAGCUGAUGAAAGUUGCAAAAUCAAUUAAAGAAGAUAGACCUGAGACUUGCCAACAGACUUCUUGGCGUUAUUUGGCUCCAGAAGUUUUUAAAAACGAGGAGUAUGAUACAAAGGUGGAUGUCUUUUCAUUUGCAUUGAUAUUACAGGAGAUGAUCGAAGGUUGUCAACCAUUUCGUAGAAGGCAAGAAAUUGAGGUUGCCAAAGCAUACGUUGCAAAUGAGCGCCCCCCUUUUACAGCUCCAGUGAAACUUUAUGCUCAUGGACUGCGAGAGUUAAUAGAGGAUUGUUGGAACGAGAAACCCUACAAGAGACCUACUUUCAGUGAAAUAAUUCUCAAGUUGGAUGAAAUUAACAAUCAUCCUGUUCAUAAAAGACGUUGGAAGGUAAAUGCCCUUAAAUAUCUCCAGAAGUUUGAGACCGUCUUGAAGUUGGACCGUUCUAAAUUGAGAAGUGGUUCAUCGCACUCGACUAUUGGAUAA